AUGGAUUUACGUUUUCACUGUAUUGGAGUGAAUGUUGGAGUGAAUGGAAUGCAAUGCCAUUACAAUGUAUUGAGCGAUGAAACCGCCGGACACUCGACGGCUAUCAUCGGUGGUUAUCAUCACCCGAACAGACAUCCCAGACAUUGGAUCAGCUCAUUGUUGGCACUACUUCUUAGGCCAAAACCCGUGUUUACAGAGUGUCAAUUCCCGGCUCAUUGGGCGGGCAAUUGGUUCCAGAAGGGGGUUCAGGACUCCAUUAGGAUUAUUAACUCUAAUAUCUCUGAAAAAGGCAUUUGUAGACAAAGUAAUGGCGAAAAGUUCCUCAUUGAAAAUCGGAAUGAGAAGUGCGUUCGUUGUCUUGUGAUCAACGAAAGACAUCACAAUAUAUUGCAAUAUAAAGAGACAUUCAAUUGUCACCCACUUUCUGAUCGCUUCUCAUUGGAGAGCGUCUGUUCUGAGAUCAAUGGAGACGCAGCACUGUAUUCACUCUUCAGAUUGGACACGCGUCCAGUCCAGUGCCCGUUUUCCGGUCCCUUCACAUUCAGCUAUAGUCGAGGGGCGGGUGAAUGCAGAGAUCCCAUCUCUCAGAUAGACUCGUGUACUGACGACAAACACCUACUUUUCAGAUUCAAAGCCUGUGCUGAUGUUCAGGGAUCUGAGAGUAGAGUGGAAGAACUCGAGUGUUUUGCGGACUGGAAAGAGGGUUCGUAUCGCUAUUUAGUGGGAAAACUACAUCACGACUCGGCGAAGACCGAUGAGGACAGGUUCAGGUGCUUUGUAUUCGAUAAGAUAAAGGACGCGCCGGAAGGCUAUGAGAUCGCACAGUCCGGUGACGCCACAUGUGAUGGUCUUCUGUCUCCGAAAGACGGGUCGCGCACAAUGAAGAUCCAUAAGACAAUCGGUGUGAUCGCCAGAUGUCAGUUCCCGAAGUGGCUUACGAUGAGAAGGCAUUGGAAGUCAUUGGACGGCUCGCAUAUGUAUGACUUCAAUCGGCACAACAACUCAUUCAUUGUUUAUAACGUGACGAAUGGCGGAGAUGUGGUCCGACUCGGCCUUUGUAUCCAUAAAGAAAACGUGACGACAAGUGUCUCUAACGAUGCCUUCGAUCGCUCGAAUCAAAUCAUUGAAUUACAAUACGGCUCGUCCGCCAAACAGCCCAGUGAUGCCUGUUCUCAGCACCACUUCAAGCCAUAUAGCGCUAAAUACUUAACCCUCACGACGAUGUCAUCGGAUACGAGUGAUUGUCCUUUUGAAGGCAUAUAUGCAGUGAACGUUCCCGACGAUGGGCUAUACAAUGGUCUCAAUGACCGUCAAUUGAAUCCUUCCAACGAGAAAUCAUUAUUGAUUUGUUCGGAACAAUCAUCACUCAAUUCCCGGUGCAAUUCCAACGAUCACAUCCAACUUCAGUCCAAAUGCACUUUCAAUGACAACAUUCGAAAUAAGUUGAGAAAUAUGAUUACUACACUAAUACGCUACUUUACGAAUCGGAGAAGAUUACUUCUACUCAUCAAACAGUAUUGUUUAGCUUACGAUCAAAACGAAAAUGGACUCAAAAUGACUAUAAGUAGUGAUACAUGUCUUCGGAAGGGACCGAACCUAAUGGGCACUCCAUCUCAAAGAGAGAGUCAUUUGGCUCUGAGUCUCGUUAAUAAAGUUUGUAGUCAAUUGUGCGAUCAUUUGACUUAUAUUGUUAGCGAACCACUGAUUGGACAACUCAUCGGUGAUCUGUUCAAUGAAUAG